UAGUCCUUAUCGGGACCGGCAAUACGGACCUAGCCUUUCAUUUUGCUCAUCAGCAACCCAGCUUGGCAACAUUCGAAAGUACUGGAAAUAACAGUAGCCUGCUCAAAACCUUGGCGACAAUGGAGGGGCACUUCCUCAGUACAGCUAGAUUCAAUUUUUGGGAAAAACUUAUUUACAAAUGUAUCCCUGUAUGCUGGGUCGAUACAUCAUUUGACAGCUCCAAUGAUACGAAGAUGGCUCAAGCCCUUAAGCAGUUGAGGGUAUCACUCUGGAAUCUCGCCACAACAGCAGUACCUGUAAUCAAAAGGAUUGGAGAAUUGAAGUUGAGGCAUAAAUAUUCACUUGAGUUUGUAAACCUUGCUCUUGUCGACAUGAAGACUCAUAUGGAAACUCCCGAAAUACUUGAGCUUUUAUUGACUUCUGGGGUUGUCGAUUCCGCUAUAUUUUAUGGAACAUCUGAAAUUGUCAAGUUGUGUCUAAAGCAUUACCCAGAGUUGAUAUGGGAAAAAGAUAUGCUGUGUCCAAUGAUCCUAGUGGUUUUAAAAAAAAGGCAUGUUGAGUUGUUUAGACUACUGAACCCAUACAAGACGAUUGCACCAGAUGACUUUCUUCGGAACGCUAACCUCCUGAUGGAGGCAAUAGUAGAAUCGCCGCCAGGAUGUGUACCGGCAGACGUCUCUGGAGCAGCUUUUUUUAUGCAGAGGGAACUUCAAUGGUAUAAGGUAGUGAAAGAUAGCGUCGGUCAUCAUCUAAUAAAUCGAGAAGGUUUACGUUGGGAACCUUUUGUAGAGCAACGUCAAGAUUUGCUUAAAGAGGCGGGGCAAUGGAUGAAGGACACAGCAUCAUCUUGUAGCCUCGUCGCUACUCUCAUCAUUACAGUAACAUUCGCUGCGGCUUUUACAAUACCUGGAGGCAAUGACAACAAUACAGGGAUCCCCAUCUUUCUAAAAAAGCCCUCAUUCAUGGUAUUCACAGCUGCGAAUGCUCUCGCUCUCUUCUCCUCUAUUACCGCCACCUUGAUGUUCUUGGCUAUCCUAACUUCACGCUAUGCUGCAGAAGAUUUCCUCCACUCACUACCAAGAAAAAUGGAUCUGGUGAUGGCGGAGAGGUUACUGAUGAAGCACUUGGAUGCGCCGGGAAAAUGGCUGCAAGAGAGGCACCGGCGUAUUCUCAUGAACAAGUUCUGCGGUAAGUAUUUGAGGGACAAGCAUCGUCACCACUACAUCGUUUACUCCGAUGAAGUUCAGGACGCGUACGAGCACAACCAGCAACUUCGGAACCCGGCCACGACGGCCAUCCAACAAAAGAUUCACGGGCUCUCGUACACGGUAUAUGGGAAGUCGGACGUAAGGCGACUCAUGUUUUGAUGUUUUCGACUUUGAGCAAAUCCAGCCUAAAGCUGUUGUUUAAAAGAUAGAUCGGAUAGAGUCGCAAGCUUCCAAAUUAGUGAAUAUAGCAAUUUUCCGCCUUCAUUUUUUCGCUCUUUAACAUUCGAAAUGCUUGCAUAUCAACUGUAAAAUUGUAAAGAUGGAAACAGUGGAACAGAGCUUCUAAAGAUUCGUAAAUACGAUUACCAAAAACUCGAAA